CCAGUUGGCAACUGCCAUUCCCCCUUGCUUACUGAAGGCCUACCCUUUCCACCGUACGCUUGACUUCAGGACAAAGCUCCAUAUAAAGCUAUCAGCUCAAACCCACGGAAAGCAGGCGCGCUAGGUUAUUUUCCGUGCUCCCUUUUCGUGCUACUUUCGCGGCUUCUCUUUCACCAUUUCCUGAUUUCGUAGCCUUUAGGCUAUGGGGUCGUUCCACCGUGUAGCUCUCCUAGCGAUCAUCGUGCUAUCAUGGCACAGCAGCAGUCUAGUGUCCGCACUCAAAACCAAGGAAGUGAAUCGAGCCGUCACCAGCAUCUCGCAACGCCCGGAUUACCAAGCGAUUCACCAAUUCGUCGACGACUAUCUGAAAAAGCAGAUCCCUCUGACGGACAUAACCAUCCUACUCCCAGCAAACAUCGUGGCGCUAAAUAGCUACACUAAGGACCAGCAGACCGCCAUUCUCUCGUACAACAUCAUCGCCACACGCUACCUCUUCCGCAACCUCACCGACAUUCCCCCGGGGACGGAGAUCGACACCAUCGAGGGAAACAUCGUCACGAAGCGCGGCCCCAAGGGCCAGCCGAUCGUCACGUUCCAAGGCGCCGCGAAGCUGCCGACCGCGCUCCUGGUGCCGAACCUGUGGGUAGGCUCGGACUUCACGAUCCAGGGCACCAGCACGCUGCUUAUCCCCCCCGAUCUGGUUGCGGGAUCUGGAGCCAGUACCGCUGGUAGCCGCGGUGGGAUUGGACGCGCAAUCGGAGGGGUCGUGAGUGAUACCGUCCGUGGCACGAUCGGCGGAGUUGCCUCUCUUUUCAGGCCCUCGCCUCGUCCGUAGAUGCUCUGCUCAGGCGAUGGGGUGGUAAAAGGGUAAUGAGAUCUCAACCCCCAGGGUGCAGUUAUAGAGGGGAACCUUAGGGUGUGUCCCUAAUUUCGUGUCGUAAGGGAAGUCUACGGACACGGGGGUAGGGGCAUGCCCUUCGUCGGAAAUUUUUAGUGGGAAAUUGGGCAGCUGCGCUCCAGCUCUCUCUUCUCAUGCGUGUAUGUGCACACCCUCAUUAGUGGGAGGUCUAAGUUUUACUUCCAAAUAUUGCUCUUAUCGUUUUAUCUAACAAAAAAUAAUGUGAAAGGUCAUGAGGUAGUCAUGCAUAACCGAAUCUGAUUUUCCCAAAUGCCAUGAGAAGUAUAUAGUCGUAUAUGGUUGCGUUAUUG